AAACCCGUUUGCGUGAUAAAUCUGUUAUUUCGUUUUCGAUACUUGAUUUGAUGUGCUUCUGAUGUGCUAAUCCAAAGAUUUUUAAAUCUCAUCAGGUGUUGUCAGAAAUUUGUUGCGGUUUGAUCGGUUAGCAAUAUCCCUCGCAAAUGGAUCCCGAUCUAGAACAAACUUGCUUGGAGGAGAUAACUCACAAAGUUAUGGAUGCUCGGGAAAAGGUAUCGGUCCGGGUGAUAUCCAAUAACUAUGGGCUAGAUUAUUCGGAUGCCGUUAAGGUUUUACAGCGGUGGAUCGAUAAAAAUUGUGUGAAAACAAAGCUGACGAAAGAGUAUAUUGUUCGAGGUGUCGACAUCAAAAAGGGAAAUGUUUUCAUAACCGUUGCUGAUGAGAAAAAGGUCGGAACGAUUGAAUCCAAGGCGAAAAAUGUAUCCAGUAUGCUGUAUUCUGUGAGUGUUGCUUCGGAUUCGUCCAAAAGCUUGAAUAUACAAGGCAACAACGAGAUUAGAGUUGUCAAGCUUUCACUAAAAGCAGAAAAACGUGAUGUAAAGGUGUUCACACCCACUAACCCUCCACCGACCGUUGUUAAACAGGAGUCUAAACCUAAAAUAAAUUCCAUGUUCACGGCCAGCGCUUCUAAUGCGAACUCAAAACCUAAGACCGAACCAAAACCUCCAGUUAAGGAAGAGAAGCAGAGCCCUCCAGCGAUCAAACAAGAGUCUGAAAAGACUCCCGCUUCCCAGAAAUCGCCGAAUAAGAAAAAAGAUGAUAAAAAGGCGACCUCUGGAAAAGGGUCCAUUGCAUCGUACUUCUCUAAUAAAGCACCUUCCGACAAACCAUCCACAGCUUCUUCGACUUCUACAACCGCAGAAAAGCCAGCGGUAGUUAAAGUGGAAAAAUUAUCCCCUAAACACAAGGAGAAGCAAGAAUCGGAUGAUACUGUGAACUCGAACGGGACAAAAGUGGAAACUCAACGGUGGAAGCGCAUGAUUUCCGAUUCGGAGGACGAAGAAGUUGUUCCGAAUACGCCACAGGAAAAGAAGGAAACGAAAAAAAAGGGUGGCGGGAAGAAGCCACUAACCUUUAAGAAAGGCGGGGCGAGCAAAGCGAAUCCAAGCAAGAAGAGCAGGAUUCUGGAAAUUGAAGAUUCCAGCGAAGAGGAGGAUGAAGGGAACAAAAGCUUGAAGGAGCCGGAAGAGCGAUUGAUCGUGUUCGACUUUGACGACGCAGAGGACACAGAGAUGAAGGAAGAGAAGAUUAAAAAGGAAGAUAUUACCGCCAAGAGUCCCGUAGAAAAGGAAAUGAAUGGUUCAGACCGGAGAAGGGCAAAAGUCCGAAAGAUGGUAACGAAGACCUUCAUGGAUAGCGAUAGCGGGUACCUCAUAACCACGAAAGAUUACGAAAUGGUUUCGGCCUCGGAGGAUGAGGCUGAUGCGUUUAUGAACAACAAUAAUGCAGCAAAAAGGAAGGAUUCUCCUACGGCUGCCAAUGCUAACGGUAAAAAGCAGUCAGAAGCUAAAACGAACGAUAAAAAGGCCAGCAAGGUGACGCCGCCGACACCGAAAACGAAACAAGGCUCGCUUAUGAGUUUUUUCUCGAAGAAAUAGCUGUGAACCCGCUUUUGAUAUUUAUUGUUUUCGAGUAAUAUUAUAGUAGUAUUGUGUAAUGUUCUUAUUCUUUUCAAUAACAAUUAAAAGGUAAGGACUCGCAUACUUUUUGCCGAUCUGA